CUUCUUCCUUCUUCGAUGCAGAGCCCUUUGCUCAGGAGAUCCUUGCUACCUUCGACCUCUCGAGGACUCCAGGAGCUGGUUAGCUUCCAACACGUAGUACAACCAUAUGGCCAAGAACGAUGUAGUUUUGUUAUUGAUGCAGCAAAUGAGGUGGUUGACAGUGUUGACAGAGAUGAGCUGGCAAAAAAUUUUACACUAAGAAGUGAUCCCGAUGAUGAAGAGGCAGAGAAAAUUAAAAAGAAGAUGGAGACAACCCGUGAUCAAUUAGCAGAGGCAUUGUACCAGAAAGGACUGGCACUAGCAGAGAUUGAAUCUUUGCAGGUUGGAAUAGUUAAUUUCUUUCGAAGUACUUUCAUGGUCAUCUAAGGUUAAUCUUCUGUUUCUAAAAUUUGGUAUAAAGUAUGUGAAAGUUACACGGCCAGAUUUUAUUUGAGUUGGUCAACCUCAGAUGGUUGUAUGUUUGGUUAUGUCAAGCUUACUUCUUUCAAGGAUGUUGAGCUUAAAAACUUAUGAGGAACUUUUUAUUUUCGUAG